UUCCAUGCCGCACGGCACGCGGACAAAAACACGUGUGACGUCUUCUUUCCUUUCCUGCCUAGAUUCUGCCAUCAGACUCAUCAUCAUGUGCUAUCGGACUCAUCCUCCCCCGCACAAAUUACCAUCACGGUAAACAAAAGUCGAAUGGGAGGCACUGUUGAAUGGAGCACAUUCUUUCUAUGGGAAGGACAGUGGCGGAACUAUUAGAGAGGUGGAGGGUGGCGUGGUGGUGACGAGGGGCAACGGAGAUUAGGUCCUCAUCCCACAUUACGUGUUUUAGGUGUUACCCCCUUGCCCCUCCUCUCCAGACAGCACUGGACAUACGGACUGACAGGAAACCACGAAAACUCUUCCAAGCAAACGCACCUCGCUUCGUAAGAAAGAGGGCCCCACCGGGGUGGCGGGGGAUUCCUGUUUUGGCAGUUCGACAAGCUCUCCCCAAAUUAUCAGGCUAAACGCAUGCUAUUACAUUAGGCGGGGGGCCCCGUCUGCUCGUUCUGGUUUUCUCGCUUCAUACAUGUCGCUCGAAGUUCCGUCGCCCAUGAUUCCAUAUACUAAGGAGGUUAGAAUAAAUCAGCCCCCUUCUCCUCCUGUUCGAGGUGAGGUCCUGGACUGCAGCCCCCUUAGCCCCCCACCCUUAAUACAGCACUGACUGUAAAUCGACGAAUUAAAUGCCGUUGAGCCGUUUGUUAUUAGUUUCGGUUGUGGUUUAUCGAGUGAAGAUGCGAAACAAGCUUGGCAGGGGGACUUGGAACAAUAUAAUGUGCCUAAAAACUUAAUUUGCAUAAUCUUUGUAUGCGGUAGAGCAGCGUUUCACUUUUUUUCAUUAUUGUAACGGCUGCAAUUGUUUGUCACCAGAGGGCCACUUUAGCGAAAGGAACCGCAAAAUGGCAGCUGUUUCAAAUGAAUGAAAUAGCUGACCGCAAAUCGUCGGCUGCCGAGCAUCCCCUUACACUGACGGCAAGAGUAUGUCGUGUUGAUAGUUGCUGUUUUGGUGCAUUUUCUGACACUAGUGCUGGAACUGAAACGCAAAAUAAAAGCCUCUAUGCUUGCAAUGAAUAUCUGACGCAGGAUCACCGGCUAUUGAGCAUGGGUAAUCCCUGUAAGCUGGUGGUGGCAGUAUGUCAUGUUGAUGAUUGCUGUCUCGGCGCAUUCUCCGAUAGUACUGCUGAAAUCUUUGUCAAUGAUCGUGCACCAGACGAUGUAUGACUGGUCUUCACGACUGCGAUGCUUCGAGAGAACAUGCAACUCGAAUCGCCUUUAGUACCACACCGACAACUGCAUCGUCUGCUGCGUCAACGAAAUAUGACAUGCAACGGUAAAUCGCGGCGUUGAACCGACGGCAGUGAUGUUGACUGCGCAUAAUAACCUUUAUGCAGGCACACAAGUUGAAGAAGAGUAUACUGCGAAUAAGAGAGUCCAGUGGCGGUCUGUACGUUUUCCUGAAUAUCUUCUACUCGUCUGCGGUCAAGCUUCCAGACGACCAUGUUUGUCCAUCAAAACGCCAUGGCACCGCGGGACAUUGGCCCUCAUAUAAACCAUCGGCAACAGGAAAUUAUAAUCAACUUUAUGGAAAGGAAUCCACGCUUAGUUAAAUCAUCGGGAUCAGGACCCAGAAUUCACCGCUAAAAGGAAAAAGGAAAUGUGGGAAGAGCUUGCAAAUUUGCUUAAUGAUGCCGGGCCUCGCACAAAGCCCGUGGUGCAGUGGCGUUGUUGGUAGCACAAAUUCGUCAGUCGUACCAGGGCUGACGCAGGCAACCUCUCCGCUGAGAUGAAGAGGCGUGCGUGCUUUACGGUAACGUCUGUUUCGAGUGUUUACACAAACCACGUUGCAGGCCCACUGCCGGUGGACUUUUCGGGGGCCGAGUGCUCGCCUUGCUUGGCCCAGCGAGCACCAUACCGGCGCGACCUUUCACGAGCAGCAACUGUGAAAGUGACUCACAGUAACCUGGCACCUCAGCUUUGGCUGAGGUGUCACAAUCAUACAACAGGAAUGGCACCUCAUGCCUGUCCAGGGGCACUGCAGGAAGCAGGAGUGCUGUCAGCCGGCCUCCGAGAGCAACAUCAACAUGAGGCCACCUCUUGCAGCAGGCUGUGGGGGACACAGCUAGAAGGGUCACCCUUGCAGCUGCAAGGAACAGAGUUCGCCGAAAAAUUAUUGGAAGAGUCCCGCAAGCAAACUGCUCAGCUGCAGUGCCUCAACAACCAGGUCUCCACACUUGCUGAUGCAAUGGAACGGCAAGCGGACACACUGGAGCGGCAGCUGAGGCCCAUUGCGGAGUUGGCCGCACUCAUGGCCUCCUUUAUACCAAAUAAUGGAGCCCAAUUUAGUGUUGUUUUUUAAAUACUAUGUUGUCCUUCCAUAUAUCACGAUUAAAACUUCUUAAAUAUACCA